CGGGAAACGAGCAGAGCAAAACAAAACGCAAAAUAAACGGAUCGUCAUAACUAUCAUGUUCUCUCAACUAAACUAAUAUUUUUUUUUAAAGUUUUGUACAUAAUUGAAAAUCAAUCAAAAAUAACAUAGAAUGCUUCAGCAAGAACAACUGCUCAAAGUAGACCGGCCCUGCCCGGAUCCCGACCCUAAUGUGGCCGCGGCUGCCACCGCUGAAUCGACUCCUCCCCCGCCUAACACGUACCAGAUGCGACCGACUUUGGAACAAACGUUCAAAUCGGAGAAAAUCAAACAGAUCAUCAACGCGGUCCUUCAUGACACUUUAACGGGACAAACCUACACGGCCGUAGACGCAGCCCGGUGGACCAAAACCCUGGCCGACGAGAUUAGUCUGAAGGUGAAAGAUCUGGAAAUGAAACGGUACAAGCAUGUGGUCCAGGUUGUUCUCGGUCAACAGCUAGGCGCCGGUUGUAAGUACAUUGCUCGCUGCCGAUGGGACGCCGAGUGCGACAAUCAAACGUCUGGCGAGUUCAAGAAUGCCACGAUCUUCUGUAUCGUCACCGUGUUUGGACUUUAUCUGUAUUGAUCGGUAGGGCUGAGAUCGUUGUGUGUACGUGUUCACAGCGUUUUGUGUGAUAUUGAUAUUCAUUGGUUUAAUUUGUAGAGUAAGAUGGCUUUUAAUUGAAUGAAGUAUUGUACCGAUUUG